AUCCGAUGGAGAAUAUCAACCUAUAUGAGGAGCUGGGAAGAGACUCCACAUCUGUUGUCUACAAAGGAAGGAGGAUGGGCAGUCUGAACUAUGUGGCCCUCAAAUGCAGUGACAAAGCCAAAAGGCCAGAAAUCACCAACCAUGUGCGUCUAUGCCAAGAUCUGGAUCAUCCAAACAUUGUCCGUUUUUACGAGUGGUACGAGACCAGAAAACACUUGUGGCUCGUGGUGGAGCUCUGUACAGGUGGUACCUUGGAGUCUGUGAUUAUUCGGGAUAGAUGCCUGCCAGAAGAUGUGGCCAGAAAGUUUGGAUGGGACUUGGUCCAAGGACUGGAACACAUCCACAAGUUCGGAAUCAUUUUCUCCGACUUGACACCUGCUAAGAUCCUGCUGGAUAGUAGUGGCGUGUUAAAAUUAGGUCAUUUCUGUUAUUCCAAGAUGGAGACAGACACUCUUGAAGGUUUCCUUUCAUUGUGUUUGGCAUGUGAAGAAGCAGGGAAUAGAAAAGAUGAGAGAAAACAUCAAGACAUUGUGGUGAAAAAAAGGUUUCAAGGCUCACCCACUUAUCUGGCGCCAGAGAUUCUCCAGGGAUCCCAAACGACCAGCAUAUCGGACCUCUGGGCUCUGGGUUGUGUUCUCUACUACACAUACACUGGUAAACCGCCGUUCUACUCCAGUUGCUACAGUCAACUCAAGGAAAUGAUUUUGGGUCAGGAAGCGGCAGCUCCAACACAGAAAGUUUCCCCAACAAUUCCUCCAAGUCAGGAGUUCCAACAUCUUCUGAAACGUUUACUCCACAAAAAUCCUGAGAAGAGAAUGAACUUGCCAGAGUUACUGAAGCACUCUUUCUGGACAGCCAAAGACAAGAACUAGAGAAAGAUGAACAAGAGGACCAUGUCUUGAGGGUGUGUGGUCAUAAACGUGGAUCAUAAAACUUGAUCGAUGUGCUCAAUGUGUGUUGCUGCUGCUUUUUUUCUCCAAUGAACAUGAUUUGACCUCUGAAAAGGUGCACCUUAAAAGGAGGACAAUUCAUUUUUCAAACAAUGACACACGUACAGUGCAUGACUCAUGGAAAAUGUACGAGCGCACUGACGUCCUAAACUUUUGUUUGGUCUGUAUCCAUGGCAACGCCAGAAUAAACCAUUUCUUCUUUAAUAGAAUACCAGUAUUGUCCAGCAGGUGGCAUUAUUAACACUGAAAUGCGGCAGGCUUCUCUCUC